AUGGAUGCCUACCCUUGCUUCAACACCCGUAGAGUGGGGAUCUUUUUACUAUGUCUCAUCAUUAUCAUAGAUUGUUACUUCCAUCUAUCGAUGUACUACGAUAUCAUAACAAAAAGCGGUAGGAGAAGAACUUAUGACGUCACAAAGCUUAGCACAAGUCCCCAAAAUGGUUCGACUUCUCGUUAUAGAUAUUCUUUAGUGAAUUCGCAGGACGCUUUUAUGGAUUACCAAAACGCCUUCAAUUCUUCCUACUACUGGUUUAUGUCUAUGAAGCCAUUCUUUAAAAAUAUAGCUGCAGAACUACCACCAGUGUAUACGAACGACACGCCACGAUGCAACUUAACUGGUUCAUCAAAUAAUAUAGAAUUAAAGUUAUUCAACGCAACUGGACCCAAAUUCCACCAGGUUGAACAAAGCCCUGCCCUCGCUGCUGUCAAACUGGGGGGUUAUUAUGCGCCGGCGCACUGUCGCCCUGCACAACGAGUGGCAGUUGUAGUUAUUGUGCCAACCUCAUAUUGUAUCACCAGUCGUUUGGUUCUACUUCAUAAUCUCCACGCUCUGCUACAAAAACAACUUUUGGAGUACAGAAUAUUUCUUAUUCCACGAUUUGUUGGAGACCCAAAAGGCACUCUAUACAACAUCGCGUUCCUGGAGAGUCAGCGGUUCGGCUCCUGGGACUGUCUGAUCUUCCACGACGUGGACCUGAUCCCUGAGGACGAGACGAUCUCCUAUUCCUGUCCAGAGCAUCCGAAACAAAUACUUUCUUGGGGUAACAGGUCUAGCGGAAUAAUUACAGCACUGACACCAGAUCAGUACCAAGCUGUGAACGGAUACUCCAACAUGUAUGUGGACUCAGAUUUAGCGGACUUCGAUUUUUCUGGCAGGCUUGAAGCUAUGAACUAUGCUAUAGUGAAGCGGAACGAUUCUGUUGCUCUAUUCAGAAUAAUGGCAAAUGUCACAAACCACCUUGAUAAUAGCCGGGCUUCACUUAUCACAAUGAACCGACUGCUUUUACCAAAGGAAGGUCUAUCCACCACGAAGUACAAGCUGAUCAGGGUCGACCAGGACAAAAUAUUUACCUACAUACUUGCGCUCAGCGUCAACGACAUAUUGCUGCAAUACGAUCCUAUAAAAGACAAAUAA